GGACUUGCCGCCGGUCUCGAGGGUGACGUUCUUCAAGCCACCGGCAGCAAGCUUCAUAAUCUCCCUGCCUGUAGCUGUACUUCCUGUGAACGCGACCUUGUCAACGCCGGGAUGGCCGGCCAGGGCGGCUCCGGCGUCACGCCCGUACCCGUUGAUGAUGUUGACCACUCCUGGCGGGAACCCCGCCUCUCGGACCAGCUGCGCGACAUACAGCAUCGACAAGGGCGUCUGCUCCGCCAGCUUCAGCACGACCGUGUUCCCGCAAGCAAGCGCAGGACCCAGCUUCCAGGCCGCCAUGUCGAGGGGGUAGUUCCAGGGGAUAAUCUGCCCGCAGACCCCCAACGGCUCCUUGAUGGUGUAAGCCAGCUUAUCCGGGCCGACGUCCAUCGUCUGGCCGUGGAGCUUGUCGGCCCAGCCUGCGUAGUACCUCAGCACCUCGGAAAAGUGCGGGACAUCGACGUCGCGGCAGACAGAGUACGGCUUCCCGUUGUCGAGCGUCUCGAUGGUGGCCAGGGUCUCCAGGUUCGCAUCAACCAGGUCGGCCAGCUUCAUCAUCAUGUAGCCGCGUUCCGUCCCCGAAAUGCGUUUCCACGAGGGAUGAUCAAAAGCAGCCCUCGCCGCUGCGACAGCCUUGUCGACAUCCUCGGCCGAGGCAGCGUGCACCUUGCAGAUCUGUUCCUCAUUGCUGCGCCGACAUGA